AUGGACAUUCGUAUAGUCGGACAGUUUUCGAAGGCGUUUGGGAGCAAAUCUGUGUGGAUUACACUUAACGUCAUGUUCCUUAUUGGAUCUGCAGGGUCCGCAUACUCGCGAAAUUUUAUGCAACUGAUUGCAUCACAAGCGAUAUCAGGAUUAGGAGGUGGACUCAGUACCCUUGUAAACAUUAUGCUACAUGACACUGUGCCCAGCGACAAACUUGGAAUGUACAUGUCUUACUCUAACAUCAUCCUCAUGAUUUCGUUUAUCUUUGGAGCGCCGUGUGGAGGAUACAUUUCUGAUACUUUUGGAUGGAGAUACUGUUACAUGAUUGCCAUCUUACCCUUGACGCUGAUUUUGUGCUUAAGCAUAUAUCACCUCAAAAGCUAUGAUGACGCCCCUAUUGCCACCGCCACGAAACCAACAUUAUUCACAGACAAGCUCCGCAUGGUCGACCUUGUCGGAAUUACUUUGCUAUCCAUCCCAACUGUAUCAUUCGUGUGCGCCAUUUCUUUUGGGGGAACUGUUUAUGCCUGGAGUAGCCCUAUAAUUAUUGCAGCAUUUGCAGUAACCUUACUUGGAUACAUCUUGUUCUUUUUACAUCAAAAACGAUGGGCUCAAUAUCCACUUUUGCCGCGAGCAUUGAUCCAUGACCGUAAUUUUAUUAUAUCGUGCAUAUGCUGUCUCUUAAUGCAUGUAAUCACUGGAGGAGCUACAGCGACGGGACCUCAAUAUCUUAUGGGAUCCCUCCAUUUCAGCAUGGCUGACGCCGGAAGAUGCAGUUUGCUCGCAACACCUGGAGUCCUCGCAGGGUAUUACCUAUCGGGACGUUAUCUGAAACACGCUGGUCGGUUUUCGCGAUUGAUGCUUACUUGUAUCGCAAUGCAAACUCUAUCAUGGAGUACGAUGUACUUUUGGACAAAUGGUGAUAUAUAUUCUGCAGUGACCCUAUUCCUUUACAUCUUGGGAGGAAUUGGCUGCGGUGCUCUCAUGGUUUCACUAGCUGUAGCAGCUAUCAGCACCCUGCCUACCGAGCUAGGUGGUACAGCCCUGUCGAUGUUUUACUUGGCCACCAAUGUGGGAACUACGAGCGGCAUAGCAUGUUCAUCCGCGAUUAUACAACGUACGCUGAAGGUGCUGCUGCCAACUAGAAUUGAUGGCCCCGAUGCCGCCAAGGUGAUCGAGUUCAUCAUCACGUCCAUCCGAAGAGUGAAAGAGCUAUCCCCUGAAAUUCAGCAGAUUGUUGCAGAUGUCAUCGCCAUAGCAGUGCAACAUGUUAUCUCAUCCUUCAUUUUAUGCCUUGUAUUCAUGUUUUUUAUUACACUUUGUAUGCAGGAUGUUAGCUUAAAGAAGAGAAAAGCAUGA